AUGGCGGCGCGGCUCGCCGCUUCCGCGGCCGUCGCAGCCUCGUUUCGUAGAAUUUUGCUUCCCGGCGUCGUAGCGCCAUCCCACCCCGCCGUCGCAGCAACCUUUCGCCACGCUCUGGCCACCAAAGCCAUCGCCGUGCCACCGCCGUUAGUCGCAUGCGCGGUGCUGCAUCGCGCCUCCCCCGCCGUCGAUUCGUCUCGCGGGGAAUCCAAUCCGUUCUGCCCGAUCAGCAGUCGCGCCUUCGUCGCGCUCCCUCACUUCUCCGUUGCUUCCGCCUCUUCCAUCUCUUCCGCCUCUUCCGUCUCUUCCGUCUCUUCCGCCUUCCGCCCAUCGCUUUCGUCCGCAUCCCCUCCGUUACCUCCUUGUACACUCCGCACAUCAGCGCACCCCGCCAAUUCGCUCGUCCUCCAGUUUUCUCCGUUACCACUUUUGAACUACCAACGGCCUCGCUUCUUUUCUUCCUCUCCCUACCCCCUCUCUUCCGCCUCCUCCCCCUCCUCCCUUUCCUCCGCUUCCUCACUCUCCUCCUGGCCCGCCACUCCCGUCGCGCUUUCCCGCUCCUCCGCUUCCGCCCGCGCCUUCUCCACGUCGUCCGCCUUCCCCCCGCCGUCGCCGCACCCGCGCGGAGCGCUCACGAGUAAAUGGGCGGCGGACAGGAGGCGGAAGAAGGAAGCUUCGAAGAAGGCCACAGAGCAGCGACGAGGCAUCAUUGGCGUCGCUGCUGGCGCGAUCAGACCUCGUGGUCACUCGCAGGGUGGAGUGGGGCAACGUACUGCUGGGAGCAACCAAUACGCGAUCGUGGAUGCACACACAGGCGAGCACGUGGGGGCCAUUGUGGAGAGCAGCAACUGGCUCAUGCGCCAGUUCCUGAGGGCGCAUCGCCCCUUCACCGCGUCCAUCCACGACGCACACGGCACGCUGCUGCUCACCGUGCGGCGGCCCAUGUUUUUCAUCACCAGCACCAUCUACGUUGAUCUGCCUGGUCAGAAGGGCAUAGGGCAGGUGCACAGGAGGUGGCACCUGUGGAAGCGAGUGUACGAUGCGUACCUGCACAAGCAGCAGUUUGCGAGGGUGGUUAACCCUGGCUUUUGGUGGUGGUCCUUCGCGCUGUGUGACGGGGAGGGGCAAAGGUUAGCGGAGAUCACGCGCAACUGGCGGGGGCUGGGCUUUGAGGUGUUCACAGACGCAGGGCAGUACGUGGUGCGAUUCAGCUCCGUGCGGCACUGGCAGCAGCAGCAGCGGGCGAAGCGCGAGCAGUGGGAGCGGGAGGGCAAGGAGGGUGAGGAGGAAAAGCCACAGCAGUAUCAUCAGCCGUGGUUCUCAACAGAAGCCGACGAGGGUCCCGUGCUCUCGGUGGCGCGCCCACUCUCUCUGCUGGAGCGAGCAGUGUGUUUGGCACUGGCCGUCUCACUCGACAACGACUAUUUCUCACGGCACAGCCAUUCAGGCGGGAUGUUCUCCUUCUUACCUUUCAUCGGCUCGGAAGACUCCAUUUAG